GAUAGUGGAAGGCAAGUAGGAAAACUCAUUAUAACAUUAUAAGCCAUCUCUGAAAAUUUAAAUGAAAAAUGAAUAAGAGCUUUUGGAUGAAAACAAUGUCUUGAAUAAAUAAAGAAAUUGCUGGACAAUGGAUGUUUUGGAGCUUUGCGUUUCGGUUUUUCUUCUCGUCGUAUCUUUUCAUUCUACAGAGUCGCAAGUCAAUCCACAAGAGUUUUUAAAUAAUUACUGUGACCAACUUGACGUCAUAAAUGAGGGUGUUUCUGGCCAAGUGACGUCACCACAGUACCCGGGAAAUUAUCCUCGUUCGACGAAAAGGGGUCACUGCCUGGCCGUCCGACAGGCGGAGGUGUCCAUAAUUCUGGAGGUGACAUCACUGGACUUGGAGGACAGCUCCGGUUGCGCCGCCGACAACGUUUCAAUCUACACUGAGACGAAGGAUUUUACUCUCACGGCUAUCCUGUGCGGCAAUGACCUUACCCAGAUGCCCAAACUAGAUGCCGGAAGGGCCGCCCUGUUACAAUUCUGGUCCAAUAACGAGACCGAGGGGCAGGGAUUUGUUAUAAAAUACUCAACAAAACAAAAGGAAAUAGAGCACGACCGGGAUUCAGACCGCCAUGAUGACGGUGACGGUAGUGGCCGCUCGAACAACUGGGGCGUGGUCAUCAUAGUGGUUUUCUCCGUCCUGAUUGCCGCCAUGGUCGGCGCGACAGUGACAAUCUGCAUCUUUCACCGUCGGCAUAAGGCCGCCAAGGUGGUCAAGUUUAGCGGAGAUGUCGUCGAGCCAUCUGGUGUGGCCAAGAACGUUUAAAUGUAUAAUAUUAUGUUAACACGUUCUAUAAAGUGUCUACAUUACGUUUUGUUGCUUUACAUGCGCCUUGUUUAUUCGAGGUUUUAAUAGUGAUACGUAGACGUUCAAUCUACACUUUACACUAUUAUAUAAAUGUGCACUUUUAAAUUUUAAUGAUCUGAUGAUUGUACAGAAACACAUCCUUGGAACUGGACUGAAUAUAGUACCUAGACAUUAAGUUACAUUUGUAGCGUCAUGUAUUAUAAAAGUCAGCUUCCUUGCAAGGCGGAUCGGAAAUUCCUUCUCGAUUGCACGGGCGGCAGGAUAUCAACUACUCGCGCGCUAUAUCAGCACAUACCAAUCAUCGGAUGAUUGAAGUUCAGCGUAAUAUCGAAAUUUAUUUCACCGUAUGGUCAUAAACAGCAUUAUUAAAAAGUAUAAUUUAUUGUAAUCACGAGUGGUAUAAAUUAAAAACAUUUUCUUUUCUUUUACGAUAGAAAGCAUGAAGUGUCAACUUAAUUGACAUUAAAUGGAAAAUCGGAUGAUAUACAUUGGGUCUUGUCAUAGUUUUGCUGAAGUCAUUUCAGUUAGUUUUAACCCAGUACAAUGACCGCUACGUUACUUUGUUUAACAAAAAUUAAAACAAAACUCUGUAAAAGCAGUGCAAUUAUAAAGAUUGAUAAUAACAUCAGUAAAAAUAACAUGCUUUUUCACCGAAAAGUUAAAAGCAAUGCAUACAUUUUAGAGAAAAGCUAUAAAGAAACCCGAUUGGUCGAACUUUCUAUGCCGAUAAUGGGCAACCAAUUUUAAUCUAAACCCUUCUGAUACAUCUAAGACCCUUUAAAAUGACCUGCAUAUCCUAGAAAAAAUAGGAGUUAGACUGGGGUAUAUGAUUCUUCCAUCCUUCCUUUUGCCCGCCACUUUGCGUAUUUACGUAUCGUCGUACUUUUCCAGCAAAAAGAUAUGACAGGAACCGAUCACAAUUUAUUCAUAUAGUGUGCAAUGUACGUAAAUGUUGUUAAAUCGAUAACUAAAUCACAGUACGAGAUUGUAUGUCAAGGCCGUACCUAUCUGAUCUGAUAUUUAACGUUAAUUCUUAUUUGAAAACCUACCUACUCAGAAUGUCAACAACAACAGCAACAACAAAAAAAUACCCAAAAGCAUUAUAAACAGAACACGACCCUUAAACUGUUUACAACUAUUGUCGUUGAUAGAU